ACAAGCCAGCUCUCCAUUAACUCAGACAGGGAAGAGUAGCGAAGGGCAGAGAGCUGCACACUCAUGUGUCAAAACAUUUCUUGCAGUUGUUUUAUUUCCUGAAGUCUUGAGGAUCUGAGGGGCAGGCUGGUUUCUGUGGUGUGAGUCAGUGUCGUCUUACAUCCUGUAAUCAGACUGUGAGUGCUGGAGACGGCAGUAAACCGAGGGGCGGCAACACCGAAUGGACACAACAUGGGGUCAGAUGAGGCCUACAACUUUGUCUUUAAGGUGGUUCUAAUAGGAGAAUCCGGUGUGGGAAAGAGCAAUCUGCUGUCCCGCUUCACCAAAAACGAGUUCAACCAUGACAGUCGCACAACCAUCGGGGUGGAGUUCAGCACACGGACUGUGCAACUCAGCGGCUUCACCAUCAAGGCCCAAAUCUGGGACACGGCCGGGCUGGAGCGAUACCGAGCCAUCACUUCUGCAUACUACAGAGGUGCUGUUGGAGCCCUGCUCGUCUACGACAUCACCAAACACCUCACCUAUGAGAGCGUAGAGCGCUGGCUGAAGGAGCUGUAUGACCACGCUGAGGCACACAUAGUGGUCAUGCUGGUGGGCAACAAGACUGACCUGGAGUCAGAGAGAUCAGUGCCCACUGAAGAGGCUAAAGACUAUGCAGAGAAGCACGGUCUGCUGUUUCUGGAGACGUCUGCUCUGGAGUCAACUAAUGUGGAUGCAGCUUUCAACAACGUCUUAGCAGAGAUUCACAGGAAGGUGAGCAGUAAACAGGUGACUCGGGGCCCCAUCAGCUCUGUGUCCUUGAGCAACCCCAGUGCAGAAGACAACGAGGAGAAGAAGCCCUGCUGCAGAAACAUCUGACCACAAGGUCCCUCAGGAGCCCAGGGGCCUCUGGAUGGGUGGUAGGAGAUCUGUGACCCUGUGCUAGAGGUCGACGAGAGGCAGGCGACACUGCAACCAUGGCUGCCAAUAUCAACAGUCCUGGUUUAAGUGAUGCCACUUUAAAAAUGACUGAUUUACAAGUUGUAAAAAGCUGCAUGAUGGCAUAACGUAUUCGAAAGAUGAGUCAUAUAUGUGAAUGAAUGUAGCUGGAGACCAACGUCAAACUUUUAAGAAUCCCCGCCGACUAUUGAACAUAGGUCAAAAGUAAAGCAUGUUGUUUGUAUCAUGACAUAUGCUGUAUAUAAUCCAUGCAGAGAAUUGGAAAGACGUAAAGGUAAUGACACAUGACUGUUUUGUGUUUGCUGGUUGUGGCGUUGUGAGUGUUGCUGUCAGUGCCGUGUGUGUGCCGCGGCUGGUGAUCUAAGAUGAGACUGAUUCUGUUGAGAAAUAAAUUAAUAAUG